AUGGUCUGGGGAGAGCCUGGAACCAGAGAAGGUGGAGUCCGGAGGCUGUGGCUACGCUUGAGAGGAGAGAAGACGGUGGUAGGAGCUGGGCCGGGCUGGUGGGAGGCCAGAGGGAGUGUCCUCAGGAGGAAGAAGGAGCAGGACUCAACGCUCUCGUGCAACCCUGCCUUUGACACUCCCCAUGGGCUCCAGGAGAGGCCAAGAUGUUGUCAGGGAGAUGGAGAAACCAUUUCUUCACCUUCAGGAGGCUUCCCGCUCCCACUGCCCAGCAAUCCCGUGAGGCAACAGCAGGGGCUGAGGCAAGUCCAGCUCACAGCCGGGGAGGAGAUCAGGGAUGGGGCAGGUCAGGGAGACGUGUGGUUGGGCCGUUGCAUCAGGCCCAGGAAGGACAUAAAGGACGGUCCUGCAUGCUGGGAGGAGACCGACUUGGGGACCAUGGAGACUCAGAGGGCCAGCCUCGCCCUGGGGCGGUGGCCACUGUGGCUACUGCUGCUGGGACUAGUGGUGCCCUCGGCCAGCGCCCAGGCCCUCAGCUACAGGGAAGCUGUGCUCCGUGCUGUGGAUCGCCUCAACGAGCGGUCCUCAGAAGCUAAUCUCUACCGCCUCCUGGAGCUGGACCCACUUCCCAAGGCCGACGAGGACCCGGACACCCCGAAGCCUGUAAGCUUCACGGUGAAGGAGACCGUGUGCCCCAGGACAUCGCAGCAGCCCCCGGAGCAGUGUGACUUCAAGGAGAAUGGGCUGGUGAAACAGUGUGUGGGGACAGUCACCCUGGACCAGUCCAAGGACCAAUCUGACAUAAACUGUAAUGAGAUUCAGAGUGCGCGGCUAUUACGCUGGGUGUUUCGCUUGCUCCGGAGAGGCAGGGGAAGAUAG